GCAGAGUUGUGAGGAAAAGGCGACUAUAAAUAAACUUGUGCCAAGAUCCCACCAAAUCGAUGUCGGUUGUACUCUUGACAACAUUUGCUAGUUGGAUAAUUUAAGAAAGAAUCAAAGUGCCGGCUCGCACGACAACUUUUUAACCGAAAAUGGACGAGUCCACGUCGUCCAAUAAUGACCACUCCGCGAUGACGGGAGAUGGUUAUGCUUUUAGAAAUGAAAUAUCGCUUUCCAUUGGAGAUGAGGACCACAAUUCGGGCACCAACAGUACCGCAAUUCCCACUCCGUCGCCUCGGCACGUCGAAAUACCCGUUUCGAUGGACAGUAAUGAAUACACGGCUCUGAAGGAUAGCAGCAAACAGGACGACGGCAAAAUGAACGGUUUGGAUAAUCCGGCGUUUGAGCAUGAAAAAGAAAAACGACCACUCAGUUCGUUCGGUCAUUCGGGGGAAAAGUCACUUAGUGCAAGCUCGAUAAACGGGAAACUGGCUGGUGAAAAACCUAUGGCGGAAGCGGUCAAUCUGGAGUUGCUGAAUAUGUCCAAACCAGCCAACGGUCAUCAGAAUGGAGGAGCGGAAGCUUUGCCCGUAAAAAAGGAUACGGAAGUUGAUCUCGGAGAUCCGUACGAUGAGUACUUUGUCCCUGUCAACGAGCAUCGGAAGUAUAUGAGCGUUUCGUUCCAAAAACCACGCCGUCAAGGGUACAUCCAUCAAGACCACGGUGUAGACUACACCGGUCACUCGGUCAAUGAGCCGGCGCACGGAACAGUGGACUAUAAACAGUGGACCAAGAUCACGAGAGGCGAGAAGCUGUACGUAACCAAGGACAAACGAGACAAGAAAAAGAAGAACUGGCUCUGCUGGCUGCUCGGACUGGGCGUGCUGCUGGCGGUGAUUAUUAUCGCUAUUCUUGCCGGAUCGGGCGUCAUAUUCAACGAGAGUCCAACUCCGGUUGAAUCGCGGAAGUUCGAUUCCAACCAUAAUAUUGCUGCUGCCGGAAUACUGGGAUCUGGUUCCGGUUCUACGAGUAACGGUACCUCGGCGGCACAGUAUCCGGCAACACCGGGUCCGCCAGGAUCAACGGUUCCGCCGAUGCCACCAACAACCGAGGAGAAUAUUGUGUAUGUUCCGAAUACUAUUGAGGGUCAGAUUACGUUGACAAACCUGGAGUUCCUAGACGAUUAUCGUAAUCCGAAUAGUUCGGCUUACAAUGUUUUGGUAGCGGAACUGGAGGAGGAGAUACGGGAAAGUCUGAACGUUCCUGGAUCACGCGAGGAGUUGUUCGUUAAGGUUAUGAACUUGAAACCCGGCUCGGUUGUGGUUGAUUAUCGGGUAAGCUGGGAUAGCUCGAAAUCACCCCUAACUGUCGAUACCAUGAAGGAAAGACUGACGAGUUACCUCUCCCGGAAUCACCAAUAUCUGAAUACCUAUAUCGUUCCGGUAACUACGAUUCGUGUUGCACGGCUUCCCGAUAUGUGUUACGCUGGACCUGGCGAAAUGAACUGUGAAUACGCCUGUAGAUUCAACCCUCAGUUGGGAGACUUUGUUUGCAUCUGUCCGGAUGGAAUGCGUUUGAACAAUGAUGAUGGAAAGACUUGCUACACACCAGUUCCGGCAAUUCCAACCGAGCGCACUCCCGCACCUGAGCCGGAACCGGUUAGUGAACCUGCCCCGGAGCCUGCUCGAGAACCAGCCAGUGAGCCAGAGCCUUCAAGUUCUCCGGAACCUUCUAGCGAACCGGAGCCUUCGAGCUCACCCGAACCAGAACCGUCGAGUGGCACACCAUCCGCUGAACCUGAGCCAGCGAGUUCACCCGAGCCAUCUAGCGAACCGGAACCGGCCAGUGAACCGGAACCGGCGAGUGAGCCGGAACCUGCUAGUGAACCGGAACCAGCCAGCGAGCCGGAACCAGCCAGCGAGCCGGAACCAGUCAGCGAGCCGGAACCUUCGAGUAAACCAGAGCCUGCGAGUGAACCGGAGCCUUCCAGUUCUCCGGAACCAGAGCCAUCCAGCGAACCGGAACCGUCCAGUGAGCCGGAGGUUUCUAGUUCAACAACGCCAGCAGUUAAAACCUCAACUGAGUCGAAAAGUUCUGGUAAACUCGUAGUCGAGCCAACGCCCGAGCCAGCGAGUGAACCGGAACCUACAAGUGAACCGGAACCAUCAAGCGAACCGGAACCAUCAAGCGAACCGGAACCAGCUAGCGAACCCGAACCUGCCAGCGAACCUGAGCCUACUAGUGAACCAGAACCCGCCAGUGAACCAGAACCAUCAAGCGAGCCGGAGAAAUCAUCUUCCAACCAAUCGGCGAAACUUCAAGUAACUGAUGCACCAUCCUCCACUGCUGAACCAGAACCAGUUGGUGCACCUGAACCGACUAGCGAACCAGAACCCAGCAGCGAACCGGAGCCAACUGGUGAACCUGAACCAUCCAGCGAGCCGAACCCGAAAGGUGAAGUCGAACAGAUCAAAUCCACAACACUGCAAUCGACAAGCGUUCGUGAAACAACCCUAGGUAACCCUUCGGAGUUCAGCUCAACCACAUCGGCUGGAGUAAAUCUCGAAAAACUGCAGUCCACCACCGAAUAUCAGACCAGGCCGCAAAGUUCAACGAACGGCGCCUCGGAAGAGGAGCACACCAAGCCUGAUUUCAUGAUCGUUGAUGAAGAGGCAACGAAGCACUCAACCAGUGCGGAGUCGAUCUCGUCGACAUCUCCCAAAUCUGCUUCGGAAACACCGGCACCUGUGACGGAGAUGAUUGUCGAUGAUACUCCUCAGCCAACGGUCGGAUCUUUUCUGAUUGCCGGAAAAACCAACCGGACUCCCGUUCGUGAACCGACGAAUGUUUUCGAUGCGCGAUCAUUGGAAGAAAAUGAAACCGAAACUAGCAGCAGCUCAGUGUACGCCACGUCCAGUCCCAUUCGGUUGGAGGAAUGGCGUCAGUCGACUAGUUUUUCCACGACCACGGAGUCACUGGAUAAGCAGAAGGCGCAUGAGGAAGAUAUGUCUCCGUUCCUGCCGAACUUUGAAUCAUCCAGCGCUAAAGUUCGAGGUACCUAUGCUGUCACGGAAGCAGUAGUGGAAGCAGAUACAGCCCCUUCAAUUCUGUUACAUGCCGAUCAAUCGCCAUUCCUGCCGGAAAUCGAAAAUAACGCUAGCCUAGUAAAUCUACUUCAUGAGGGACUGGAUCGGCCAGACAGCGAUGACGGUGACUCCCAGCAGCAGUACCUGGAAGUUUUGCCACUAUCGAAAGAGAGCGAUCGGGCAGAUUACAAGAAACAACUAGACGAGGCUGUUACGAAGACAGUUUACGUGGCGACCACAAUCAGAACGUACAUUCCUACUACGGAUUCGGAAGAGAUUCUUAUUACGGCGGCCAGUUCAAGGAACGUUGUUGAACAGACGACUGACAGCGGUGAAGAGGUGAUGACCGGUAGUACUGAACACGAAGUAGAAGAGACCACAGUUGGAAAGAUAAACGCUUCCAGUACAACAACUACUCAAAAAUCUGCUCGACUGGAAGAAGUUCUUGCUAAGACCGAUGUUAUGGAACCAACCACAUCCCGAACGGAGAAUGUCAAAUCUUCACCAAAGUCGGAAGUUGAAGAGAUACCUGUAACCGAACAGGUUGAGGGCGAUCAAACAACGCUGAAGGAAGAGGUGGUCCAAAAAUCCACUUUUAAACCUACCAAUGAUGCAGUCGACUUGGAAACGAAAACAGAAGAAGUGUCGGAAGUAGCAACAACUCCAAAAGAAGCCAUGGCAGCCUCUUUGGCGAAUCUCGAAUUAACAGAAGAACGUGAUGCCACUGAUAAGAGUAAAAUUGAAGAGACCACCAUUGCCGUUGAACUAAAAGAGGAAAAUACUGAACCACAACCUACUACGAUCGUGGAGUCAUCUACCAAGAAGGAAGUAGAAGAAACAACCGUUCACGUGACAGUUUCGAAUACAUCCUCCACAACAACGGAACCGGCAACCAAUGGUAAGCUAUCGGAUGUAACAGUUGAAGCUAAGGAACCAGAACCAACAACAACAACGUCAACAACAUCAACAACGACAACAUCAACCACAACAACAACCACCACAACGGCAAAAGUGGAACCUCCAAGCAGCAGCACCACCGAGGUUCAACCGUCUUCGACAAGCUCGGCAACAACCAGUGACGUGACCAAGAACGACGUCUACGAGAAAACCCUCCAGGAUUUGGAUGAAAACAACGACAUCACCGAAAAUGACCUCAAAGUUCUUCCGCUAGGGAAGAAACCACCACCCGGACCGGAUCCACUGCUGGCGGCAGUUGACUCAACUACGGCCACAGUUGCAGCAGGACAGGAUUCCACCUUCGAAACGACUACCGGUCAUUUUUUAGGCAAAACGACGUUUCUUUCGAUUAGAUCAGAACGAUCGAAUGAAACGUCGGUAAUCGAAACACGAAAUUCUGAAGGUAACAAUAACGAGUUUGACGAGCUGGCAGCCGCUAGCGGAAUGUUUACGAAGUGUGCGAUCGGACAGUUCGAGUGUACCAACGGGACGUCCAUUAAGGAUGGCGGUUCGUGCAUUCAGAAGUCCGAGCGAUGCGAUUCGGUAGCGCACUGUUCGGAUAAUUCGGACGAACAAGACUGCGAGAUGUUGGGCUGUCCUGGGCACUUCCAGUGUAACGACGGUUUCUGUCUGGCUCGACAACAUGUCUGCGAUGGAAUAGUGCACUGUAACGAUGGUAGUGAUGAGUUGGCGUGUGAGCGGUGGGAGUGUAAUUUUGAUGAAAUACCCUGUAAUUCGGGCGGUGGACGAGGUCCAUGUUUGCCUGCGCAGUGGAAAUGUGACGGAUUGGAGCAGUGUCCCAAUGGAUCGGAUGAAUCGAAUUGUCCGGACACUUGCACUAAUGAUGAGUACUUUUGUGUGAGACAACGCAAGUGUAUUCCUGAAGCUUGGAAGUGCGAUGGAAAGGCAGACUGUAGCGAUGAUGAAGACGAAAGAUUGUGUGACUGUCCGAUGGAUAGCUUUAAAUGCAAUACGGGGGGUUGUGUGCCCGUGGACUCCGUGUGCGAUGGUCAUCCACAGUGUCCGGACCAGUCCGAUGAAUGGGGUUGCUACAGUGUCCAGGGAGGAGCACUGAGAGUUCGCGUACAGUCACCGCAGCUGGAGAACGUUUGCGGAGAUGGUUGGACGAAAGAUCUUUCAGACGCUGUCUGCGCCCGGCUAGGUCUCGCCGAGGCUAAGUCAUUCUCGAUCUCAAACGAAACUAGUGACCGACCGGUUUAUCGAUAUAGGAAUACGAGCGAAGAUAGUUUGCUGUCCGCAUUUGAACUUUCACCAAAAUGUUCUUCCGGAUUGGUGAAAAUGGAGUGCGUAGAAUAUCGUUGUGGACGCGAAAGUAAUGAGUCCUCACUGGCCCAGCGAAUAGCAGGAGGAGUACAUUCUGAUGCAAAUCAGCUUCCAAGUUUGGCACUAGCUUACAGUAACAAUGCAGCUAUUCGGUGUACUGCAAACAUAGUAUCUCCUCGGUGGGCCAUUGCCAGUUACUCGUGCAUUAUGGGCAAAACCGAGUUCAUAAACAGCCGACUUGUAACGGAGUUGAAGUGGCAGCUAUUUGCCGGAAGCUCACAGUUUAAUUUUUCCCUAAUCGAGAGAAGCAACAAAACCGACUCGUACCAAGUAGUGGAAGUCCAAAACAUCGUAUUCUAUCCGCAGGCCAAGUACAGACAGUUCCUCUACACCGGUGAUAUUGUGUUGCUCGAGUUGGCCAAGCCGCUCCGGCUGAACGAGAGGGUCAGAAGUGCUUGUUUAGCGGAAAGUGCUUACAUUGACCCGAGGCAGAUAUGUCUAACGGCCGGUUGGGGCAGUGAUCCGUCGGACGUGGUCAGCACCGAACAGUACCUUAGGUACCUCCCAGUCCCUACAAUACCUACAGAGACGUGCAACUCCAGUUCGCACUACAACGGAUCUCUAACGGAUGGUACUAUUUGUGCGGGAUAUCUGAACAGCGACAAAACCACUUGCUAUAACGACGAAGGAGCUCCGUUGAUGUGCUACAUCAACCAGAGCGAACAGUGGCGACUCGAGGGAAUCCUCAGCUACCACGGCAAUUGCGGCAAGCGACCACAUCCGGCCCUCUACAACUCGAUUACCUCGAACAUCUCGACCUGGAUUCGCAAUACGGUCGGUAAUGAUUUGAUGUUUGAUAGCGGACGCCACGAUUCCGCCGGUACUACCAGUGCAGCAGAAUCCACCUCCACGACCACCAGCAGUAGCACGCUGGCAGUUGAUGGCGAGCGAUAGAAAAAAGUUACGCUCGCGCGUUUAUGUGUAAAUAUUGUGUGUAUUAUAAAGUGAACCGCGUAGGAGAAUGUGGGUAGUGAAGCAAGACAUGAAGCAUUCAAAGUUUGUAUUUAUAGCUAGCAAGUAGUGGUAAAAUAUGAGAGUAUAAUUCUGCGUUUCGGUAGUAAAUACGGAGAGGAUGUCUGAUGAG